AUGGACGUGGAGUCUGGGCAGCUGCCACCAAACACAAAACUAUCGCCAUUAAAUCGGCUGAACACAUACAUCGCAAAUAGCCGAGUCGGAAAGCGUUUCAAGAUCACUGAACGCGACACCACCUUCACCACCGAGCUCCGCGCCGGCACCGCCACUUUCCUCACCAUGGCUUACAUCCUGGCCGUGAACGCCUCCAUUUUAUCAGACUCCGGCGGCACGUGCACUGUCUCAGACUGCAUACCUCUCUGCUCCGACCCCUCAAUCCCACUUUCCAAUUGCACAAACACCUCGAACCUACGCCUCAUCCCACCUGAUGCAUCAUGUAAAUUCAAUCCUGUCAACCCCGGCUACACAGCGUGCUUAGAGAAAACCCGAAAAGACCUCAUCGUAGCCACCGUGGCGUCGUCCCUCAUCGCCUGCGUACUCAUGGGCGUUUUCGCUAACCUUCCCCUAGCCAUGGCACCAGGAAUGGGCACCAAUGCUUACUUUGCAUACACUGUCGUAGGUUUCCAUGGUUCAGGGAAUAUCUCCUAUGAAAGCGCAUUGGCUGCUGUUUUUAUCGAAGGUCUCAUAUUUUUAUUAGUAUCUGCCGUCGGUUUACGUGUAAAGCUUGCAAAACUGGUGCCAAAACCAGUCCGAAUCUCAUCCUCUGCUGGCAUAGGAUUAUUCUUAGCCUUCAUUGGGUUGCAAAACAAUCAAGGGGUAGGCCUAAUUGGGUAUAGCUCAUCAACUUUGGUCACCCUUGGAGCCUGCCCACGCUCUGCACGCGCUGCCCUAGCACCAGUGGUGACAUCAACAAAUGGUACGAUUUCCCUCAUCUCAGGUGGCGCAGUUUCGAGUGAUAUAUUAUGCUUACAUGACCGGAUGGAGAGUCCUACAUUUUGGCUUGGUGUGAUUGGAUUUGUUAUUAUUGCUUACUGCUUGGUUAAGAACAUUAAAGGUGCAAUGAUUUAUGGGAUUAUUUUUGUUACUGGUGUUUCUUGGUUUAGAAACACAAAAGUUACUGCUUUUCCAAAUACACCUUCUGGGAAUUCUUCAUAUGAGUAUUUCAAGAAAGUUGUGGACAUUCACAAGAUUGAAACUACUGCAGCUGCUUUAAGGUUCAAAAGCAUAGGAAAAGGCUACUUCUGGGAAGCUUUGAUAACCUUUUUGUACGUGGAUAUACUCGAUACUACUGGAACUCUGUAUUCAAUGGCACGUUUCGCAGGAUUUACCGACAGCAAUGGCAAUUUCGAGGGACAAUAUUUCGCAUUCAUGUCCGAUGCAUCAUCCAUAGUUGUGGGUUCUUUACUAGGUACGUCGCCUGUGACAGCAUUCAUCGAGUCGUCCACGGGGAUAAGGGAGGGCGGAAGGACGGGAUUGACUGCCUUAACGGUGGCGGGGUAUUUUAUGUUGGCAUUUUUCUUCACACCUUUGCUUGCUUCGAUACCACCAUGGGCGGUAGGGCCACCACUCAUAUUGGUGGGCGUUUUCAUGAUGAGGUCUGUGGUGGAAAUAGAAUGGGAUGAUAUGAGGCAGGCUAUACCUGCCUUUAUGACAUUGAUUUUGAUGCCCUUGACUUACUCUAUUGCCUAUGGAUUGAUUGGUGGCAUUGGGAUUUAUAUUAUUUUGAAUUUGAGGGAUUGGAUUGAGGAAUUAUUGAGGAGAUAUGGGGUUCUUAAGGAGACAAGGGGUGAAUCCUUUGCAGACAAAAUUGAGGAGUAG